CGACGGGCCUCCAUUGAAAAGAUGGACAUUUUUAUACUAGGACUAUUAGUACUGUUAUUUAGAAAUUAUAUAAACUGUUUAGAAGCGUAGUUAUCCAGUUUUCUAUUUCAUACUAAUACUAGAGGUAAUUAUGGCUACAGUAGAAUAUGAUCUCGAUACUUCAGGGGGUCUUAUGCCGCAAAUUCAAGCCUUGAUAGCUCCACCACCGAAUGAAGGAGAGUCUAAAAAAAAGAAAGAUUACGAGCCUCGCUAUCGGCGACCAGCUCGAGCAGUUAACCAUGACUGUUGUGACAGUUGUAAAGAAGGAGGGGACUUGAUUUGCUGUGAUCGCUGUCCAGCAUCUUUUCAUCUUCUGUGCCAUAACCCACCACUGGAAGAGGAAGACUUGCCAAGAGGAGAGUGGCUUUGUCAUCGUUGUAAAGUGUCUCCUUCAGAAAUUGAUGAUGAUGCAGCAUCAACAAGCAGCUCACAGAGUCGGCACAGUUCUAGUAAGGGAUCUCAGAAAGAAGGAUCUGUUCAUAAAUCUGGGGAAAAAACCCCAGUAAAUGGAACUUGUCAAAAUGGCCAAAUGCCAGAACAGGGACUUCAGAAAUAUAAGGAGUGUGCAGAAAAAAGCAAGUCAAAAGGAAAGUCACCACCUUUAAAGACAGAGCCUAUGGAUAUUGAUAUCAUACACAAAAAACCUAUACAUGAAAAAAAUUCACAUCAUUUUCACCUACUUAUCCAGGCAGCAUCUGCGAUGAAUCCAAAGCAAUUCCAGCUACCAAAUGAAUUGGUGUGUACGACACAACUUCCAGGCUCAAGUAAAAGACCACGAUUUAGAGAAGGAGGGUUGCAUCUCUUUAAAACUUAUUGGGGUGUUUCUCCAGGGGGUUCUGAGACUGCUUUUGCUGACAAUCCUGGACAUUCUAGAGAAAAUUUAGAUUUGAUUUUUCUAGCACCUUCCUUUACUCCUCAAGAGGUCAAUUUGAAUCAGCCACCUCCAGUUCCUUUUCUUCAGUUAGUCAGUGGGGUGUGUGAUGUUUUGGGUUUUUCCCCAUUUGCUUUUCAGUCUACACCUUCCUUGAUGUGGAAAGGUCUAGAGGGAGUCACAGCUCUACCACAAUUUGAAUGUCCUGAGCCCCGAUAUCAGCUCCUCGAUCCACUGGUACCCAAAAUAGAUUCUGCCCAUAUCAAAGAGGCUCCUCUGCUCAGCCAAAACGUUGCCAGCAGUGGCAAUGGCUACCCUAUGCCGGAAGAAAAAUUGCUGACUUCAGUGAGCUUAACAGAAAGAGUGAAGCUAUGGGACAUAUAUAAUGGUCCAAUAUCUCAAGAUACUGUCAAGUUGAACUUUUUAAAGAAGGUCCAUAGAAGAAACCCACCAUUUAGAUACAGAGUAAGGUUGCCACCUCGAAACACCAUUAGGGUUCCUGAUGCAAUUAAAGAGCAGUACAAAAAUCCUCCCCCACUCCUGCCGAGAGUAACGGAACCACUGCCAUUAGUCACUGAUUCAGGUACAGUCUCCACUACUGCUGAAAGUGGGGUUACCGCUGAUGAACAAGAUGAGUGGUUAACCAGCUUAGUGACCUUACAGUCUAGUAUUGCAAAACAUUUGGUUAAAAAACAAGCCUCAUCUACGAGUGAAACUAGCCCAGUCUCAAGUGCAAAACCAUUGUCCUGUAUGACAAGUAGCAACAUAUCCUCAUCAUCAAGCACUGUCUCAUCAUCUCAUCCAGUUACAAAUUGUCCAUCUUCGACACUUUUAGAUAAGAACUCUAGUGAAACCAAGACUUUCCUGAAUGGAGAUUUGACACACCAUCAGACAUUUCUAGGAUUAUCUAGUAUCAAUCCAGUGGUUCAUACUUUAGUUAAAAAAAACAAUGGUUCAGUGACGUUUAAGGACAACAGCAUUAUCGCAAAUGGUGAAUAUGUCCAGUCAGAUCAUGCAAAAAUUAAAGUAAGGUUAGAUGAAAAUCUCAGCUUGAGUACAUGUAAGAUUAGAAAUGAAGUUCAGGACGGGAACAGUAUUGCUGUCGCAAACAAUAAUCAAACCACACAAGAGGAUAAUUCUCAGCAGACUUUGAUAGUGGGAAAAAGUACACCUGUACCUACCUCUUCUACAUCGGGUAAAACCAAUGCCGUCAUUACAAGGGUUGUUCGCAGUAUAGCCUCUUUGUCUUCAGAAUGUCGAGUUACCACACCUUCUUCUGUAAUUAUACAAGAACAUCCUGUUACGACAGGACUGACACAGUCUUCACUAAGUGCUAACGGCACAAUCUGGAAACAAAUGAUUGCAGUUGGAAAUAAACAUAAUGGUUCAUGUCAGUCCAAUGUUGUCAGCACUCUUGAUGGAGCCCUCCAGAUGCCAGACAUGGAUCUUAGUAAACUAGACGAACAACUUGUCAGAAUACUGGCAUGGCAGAGACUUCAGCAGCUGGUACCACAGGCCUCGGUAUUAAAAAAACCUGGAAGUCCACACUCAACAACAGAGUCAUCGGACAUUAGUGCCAGAGCUGUGGUAUGUCCGGUUUUUAGGGGACCUACUGUUCCAAUGCCAUAUAGAACAUUGACAAUAGGAAAAGGAGCCGAUAUGGAUGUCUGUUUGACCAACUAUGGACACUGUAAUUACGUAUCAGCUAAACAUGCAUGCAUUUUUUAUGAUGAGCUGACAAAACAUUUUGAACUGCUUAACUACAGUGAGCACGGAACAACUGUGGACAAUGUUCUGUAUUCUUGUGACUUCUCGGAAAAACGCACCUCAGCUCCACAACCGACUGUUAUAGUGUCCUCCCUUCGAAAAAUAGUAGACAAAGCAAGAGGAAAGCCCGAGAUGAAGCCCCUGGAUCGACUGACAAUGAGUUCAAGAGCAGGGCAGUCUUGGAAACCAUGCAAUUGCAAAGCAAGUAGCUCAAGCCUUAUCGGAAGAAGUGGUGCAGGAUGGGAAGGUACUGCUCUCCUUCAGCACGGAAGCUGUAUUCGAUGUGGUUGUUUACAGUUUGUUUUCAGUAUUACUGACUACAGAAUUAAAGGUGAAACUGAAGACAGAAAAACUAACGGAGCCGUGGCAGCAGUCAUUCGAAGUUCAUCAACAUGAUGGAAAAUGCAAACCUCUCAAUUAUAUAUAUAUGUGACAUUAGUUUAGCCUUGAACACAAUUACCAUUUUUCUAUUUGGCUCUGUAGGAUCACCUCUCAUUAAGGUUGGAGGCUAACUGCCAUUUUGUGAAAAGUUUAGAAUUAUGUUGUUUUUAACUUUUCGCCAUUAGUUAUACCAACAAAAGUUUUUGUGGAACUUGAGAAAUGAUCAAUCAACUCUUGUAACUUAUUAUGUAUUUUGUAAUAUACCAUUUUAGUUUCUACAACAUUACUGUUUUUCAUAAAUCAAUGAAAAUAAAAAAGAGUACAUUCGUAUAGAUUUUUGACUUCAGGAUUACAGACUUCAUGAAUGAUUGAGACUUUCAUAUUUUCUGUAAGCUCCUGACACUUUGCAAUACUCUUAUGUAUAUGAGUAUCUAAAUGUGUAAAAUAACACAGAGGGAGAACCUGAAUUUUUGAAUAAUAUAAUGUAGAUCUAAUCCAAAUGUUCUUGUCCGUUCCGGAACAGACAGUUAAUAAGUCUUUUUUAAGUACUUGUUUUGUUGUAGGGUUGAUGCAAGUUUUAGUAUGUUAAUUGCCUUAAAAAGGUAUAGGUGGACAAACAUUUAAUUAUAUAAAUGAUAAUUCAAACUAAAGAAUGCUAAAACAAUAUUUUUGAAGAAAUUCAUACCUUGUAUGAUACAGUGUUGAGUUUUAAAGACUUUGAAUUAUCGCUAGAUUUUAAUUGUCCAAAGAAGCUUUGUGGAUGUUUUUUUUGUUUUUCCUGUGAAAUAUUACAUGUGCUCUUAUUCGUAUUUCUUCAUCAUUUUGUGAUAGUAUCAUUCAUUGAAACUUUACUGGAAGAAUUUACUCAAAUGCAUUAGAAAAAAAAAAAA